AUGUCGACUUCAGGCGAAGGUCACGUCGACUUCGACGCUCUCCUCAACUUUCCCGAUGAGUACAGCAACAGCUUUUCCUCGCCCUCCAUGUCAUCAUCAUCGCCAAACUCGAAAAUCUCCUUUACCAGCCCAGUUCCAGCUGCCGUGACGACGCCCACCUUGCCCACGACAUCUGAAACUAUGAACGGACCCAGUCACAACUAUGGCAUGUAUCCGCAGCAGACCGGCUUUGUGCCCGGCGCCAUCGCGCAUACCAUGGCUGUCAACCAAACAAACAACACUGGCUACCAGGAAGACUUUUAUCUUUCCACAAUCAGCCCGGAGACUGAGGCCUUCGAUUUCAAUGCCUCGCCUUCGCAGGCUACCAUGGACUUGGAACUCUCUCAAGCCGACUGUCAGCAGUUCUUCACUACGGUGAACCCCAACAGUAUUGAGCAAAAUGGCUCGCCCCUUUCGCAAACUAGCAGCAUCGGCCGUCUGUGGCCGGGUGCCCACUCUCAAGCCGCACUUGCCAAAGCCCAAGCACAGCAGCGACAGCAACAGUUUGCUCAGCAGAAGCAGAGUCAGCGACAGACCCCUCAGAAGCCUCGAGGCAAGGCAUCUCAUCCAUCAGAUCCCAUAGUUGAACAGAAGAUUACCCAGCUCCUGAACUCGAUGCGCGCCAAGCCUGCCGGAGCCGAACCUGAAUCUCAGUCCUCCCUUAACAACCUUAUCCGAUCCAAGAAGGACGAGGAAGAUAUGGAUGAAGAUGAGCGCCUCCUGGCCAGUGAGGAGGGUAAGAAGCUAAGUAGCAAAGAACGACGACAGUUGAGAAACAAGGUCUCCGCUCGCGCUUUUCGCUCCCGUAGAAAGGAAUACAUCACCCAGCUCGAGCUGGAGAUUACCAACAAGGUGAAUGAGAACGGUGACUUGAGAUCUCAAAACCGAGCUCUCCUGGAAGAGAACAAGCGCCUUUCGGAUCUUACUCGAAUGCUCCUGUCCUCCCCUUCCUUCUCGAAUUUCCUCGACAACCUUAGCAGUAACCCUAACGCUCUCCAUCAGGCUGCCCCUGUCAAGGUGGAGCCAAACCAGCAACCAGAGCAAAAUCAGAUACCAAAGAACGUCAAUCCCCACAACGGAGAUUUGUGCUCGCAGCAGCAGAUUAGCAUGGCCAUGAUCCCCGAGUCAUCCAUGGAUUUUUCUGUUCUCUCUGCGGAUAACGCUACUUUCAACUUCCAGCCUCAGGUUUUUGUUGUUGAUACUUCCGAGGUUCCCAACACCAUCGAUGCAUCUGUUUUGUCGGGCAAGACGUCCAACUUGAUCGCAGAGUCUUUCAGCUCUGAGGAGGAGAAGAUCGAGGUGCCCGUCAUCGAACGACUUGGUGACUCUACGCCUGCUGAACGCGCCCGGUCCGCUUUCGUUGAUGAAGAGUUUGAGGCCGACCCCGAAUUUGCCCUUUUCCAUUCUGGGCCUGCUCCCGGGACGGAGACGUCCGAGCAUCUCGACACAGAGAACCUGAUGGGCAUUGACAUUUUCGGUGGCAUCGAUUCCGGCAAAGUUCUCGCUCGUUUUGAACUCGUGGAUGCCAGUGAGGAAGAGACGUGGGCUGCAAUCGCCAUGGCUCGCGUGCAAAGAAUCAGCGCCAGCAUCGACCCUGUCGUGCAGAGACUGGAGCUUCUUACUAUGGAUCUGUGA